UGCAGCAGUCUGGACAGCAGCGGGUUGGAAGCGCACCCGAGCCCGCCAUGGAGCAGCCCAGGAAGGCGGUGGUCGUGACGGGGUUUGGUCCUUUUGGGGAACACACUGUGAAUGCCAGCUGGAUUGCAGUCCAGGAACUGGAAAAGCUGGGGCUUGGCGACAGCGUGGACCUGCAUGUGUAUGAGAUCCCAGUGGAGUACAAGACUGUCCAGAGGCUCAUCCCUGCCCUGUGGGAGAAGCACAGCCCACAGCUGGUGGUGCAUGUGGGGGUGUCCGGUAUGGCAACUACAGUCACAUUGGAGAAGUGUGGGCACAAUAAGGGCUACAAAGGGCUGGACAACUGCCGCUUCUGCCCUGGCUCACAGUGCUGCAUAGAGGAUGGGCCUGAGAGUAUCGACUCCAUCAUUGACAUGGAUGCUGUGUGCAAGAGGGUCACUACACUGGGCCUGGAUGUGUCGGUGACCAUCUCGCAAGAUGCUGGCAGGUACCUGUGUGACUUCACCUACUACACCUCCCUGUACCAGAGCCACGGCCGCUCAGCCUUUGUCCACGUGCCCCCGCUGGGCAAGCCCUACAACGCAGACCAGCUGGGCCGGGCCCUGCAGGCCAUCAUCGAGGAGAUGCUGGAUUUGCUGGAGCAGUCAGAAAGCAAGAUCAACUGCCAUCACAAACACUGAGGGCCUGCCAGGCCUGCCAAGACAUUAUCCUACCAGGGACCUGGGCAAGGCUAUCCACUGCCCUCCAGGACCUGGUCGGGAGGGUCCAGACCUUCAGCAAGGGAGCUGAUAUGGAUCAACUAUUCUUUGUUCUUUGUUUUUCUCUGAAAAAGCACUAGCCAGUGUGAAGGAGGCAACUGAAGAUUUUUUUUUUCAAUUUCCCUUUGCAUCUGGGGAUGCGGCCGCAAAAGCAUCAGCCGUGGGUCCCUGUUUCUGCAGAGAGCCCUGGUCGGGGAUCUCUGCUGUGUGACCCUAUGGCCGGGCCGCUUGUUCACGAGCUUUUCUAGAUCUUAGUUGAAGGGAUUCUGGAGUUCCCUCUGUUCCCAACUGGUGUCACCCAAGCUGAAGAGCCUCACACAGUCCUUGCCCUGAACUAUGUCCUAAGCAGCCUGAGAGCCCCGGAAAGGAGCGCCUUGGAUAUGGUGUGGGUUGUUUUUUCUUGUUCUUUUUUUUCAAAAACAAUAGUGCUAGUUUGGGCACAGAGUAAUUUAUAUUCCCCUUGGUUAAAAUGUGGGCUUUAGCCAGCCAUAAGUGUCUUUUCCUUUUCCUGGGGUGUGGCCCCUUCUGCCUUCUGCCCUGAAAACUGGAUCUAUAUUCUUUCUUUGGAACUGAAAUGAGUGCCCCUUGCUCAGAGGGAGGCGGAGACCACGACCAGGCUAGAGAUGGGGCAGGACAGCCACAGGGACUGGGGGUGUCACGUGCAGCCCCAGAGCCCUUGGCUGGCUACCCCUCCAGUACCCAAGCAGAGCUGGGAGUUAGACCCAGGGGCCUCCCAAGGAGGUGGGGGAGAGUCACUUUGAUGUGUGCAGGACUGUUUUCUUAAUACGUAAAAAUCUGUAGCAGCUGCAAACCUGCCCAGCAUCUGGCCUGGAUUUCCUCAGUCUCGAUGCCUGGAUCCCGAUUCUUGCUCUCCUUAAGGGAAGCCCCAAACAGGACCUGGGAGCCAAAGUUUGCUGAGCUCUGUGUGCCAGCGUGUUUGAGCAGCAGGACAGCUGGCCAGCCAGCGGGCUUUCAUGUGGAUGGUUUUUGGACACUUGCCCAGGACUCAGGAGUAAGUUGCUCUCUCACUCCCUGGCGACUUUGAGCUUACCAGCACAGGACAAGACGGCACUCAGGAGGACAGGCUUCAGCUGGAUCUUGACACUCAGACGAAGAGGAUGCCCAGCAGCCACAAAACCACGUGAAAAAACCCAUUUGGAAGUAGUUUUCAAUUUUUUGUAGAACACGGUCUUACCACUUCUCUGCAUGUGACACAUGCCGGAGGCUGGCGCCAUGUGGGUUCAGAGAGGUGCUUCCUGGGACUUGGUCUUUUCCCAAACAGAUUUACAUUUUGUUUCUUAAACAUUUACUGUCUUUCCCUUCUGUGCUGAUCACCAAGGUGGUUCCCACCUCUGCUGGGCUGUGGCUUGGGAACUGGGUUGAAGUACAUUUUCUAGCUUACUCUGGAGAAGCAAAGGGAGGAUUGGAAUGGCCAGUGGGUCGAGAUGGUCUGGGCUCCACUCGGUCUUCCUGCCAGCACCCUCCUAGCAGAAUGUGCCCUUGAGUACCUCGUGCAAGCUUGCCUUCCCCUGAGGAGCUGGAGUGGGGGUGACCCUCCACUCACCCAGCUUCUGUGAGCGCAAGUGGCGACUCUCUGACUGGAGAGUUAAGGCCCAGGGGACCCCCUGAGCUCUUAUACAGAGCGGCAUGAUGCUCUCCCUAGCCCUGCUCCCCGAAGGUCUGAGCUGCAGGGCUUGCUGGAGGAAACAGGCCUAAGGCAGAUGGGGAGGGAGGGGCACUCUGCUAACGCCAGAAUCCAUAACAUUCCCAAACCCCACAUUCUUGUUCCUUGUCUUCAUUUUGCCUCCCUGUUGAAAGCACCACGUGUUUGUUUGUUUUUUUAUUUAGCGAUUUAGAGAUAUAACUUGUUGUCCAAUCAUUGUCAAAUGUUUGUGUCAUUUUUAUGUUCCUGCAACAGUUUCUGAUUUCCUCAUCCAUCAAGUCAGAGUCCAGUCCUCAUCCUGGAUAAAGAGCAUUUAGCUCGUUUGAUUUCAUCAGGCAAUCAUUAAACAUUUCACUCACUCCUU